AUGAUUUGUACUGAUGGUUUUCUAGAUCAAUGUUCGGCACAGGCUACUGCGGGUGCAGCCCAGGCACAGGGCGCGGCUCAGGCACAGGGUGCCGCUCAAGCUGGAGCCCAGAACAACGGAGCUCAGAACAAUGGCGCUCAAAAUGCUGCUCAGAAUAACAAUGCUGCUCAGAAUAACAACGCUGCUCAAAACAACAACGCUGCUCAAAACAACGCUGCCCAGAACAAUAAUGCUCAGAACAACAACGCCCAAAACAAUGGAGCUCAGAAUGCUGCUGCUGAUAAUGCUGCUGCUGAUAAUGCUGCUCAGAACAACGGAGCCCAGAACAAUGGAGCCCAGAACAAUGGAGCCCAGAACAAUGGAGCUCAGAACAAUGGAGCUCAGAACAACGGUGCUCAGAAUAACGGUGCUCAAGGUCAAGGUCGGGGUCAAGGCCGGGGUCAAGGCCAAGCCCAAACUGGAGCUGGAGCUGGAGCUGCGAACGGUGCUCAGAAUGCCGCCCAGAACAACAAUGCUGCUGAGAACAACGCUGCUCAGAACAACAACGCUGCUCAGAACAACAACGCUGCUCAGAACAACAACGCUGCUCAGAAUAACGCGGCUUGCAAUGGGGCUCAAGCUGGAGCUCAGAACAAUGCCGCUCAGAACGCUGCUCAGAACGGCGCUCAAGGCCGACGUCAGGGCCAGCAGGCUCAGAACCGGAAGACCCGCAGGUCUUAG